GAGAAAUUUAAAAUUUUAUAUAAUGUUCAUAUUUAAUAUGAUACUUGUUUUGUAUCUUUUAAAAUUAUAUAUAAAAUUAAGUGAAAAGAAAAUUAUUUUAAACAGAAAUAAAUUAAAAGUGGAUCAAAGAAGUGAACCCAAUAAAUAUGUCAUACAAGAACGCAUUGCCAAACAUAUUCCCUAUUUGCCCAUAGAAGAUCUAGAAACUUUUCUAAUGUCAUUUCGAACAUACAAUUAUAGUUGUGCCUGGUAUCCGGGCAUCAUGAAUAUUCAUAUCCAAAAUGAAUAUUGGCAAAUAUUACGUAAUAAAAAUCUAACCUAUCAUCUAUUUGGGGCCUAUCUAGACAAUAGGCCGUAUGUGACUAAAAAUAAAACUCUUAUACGUAUACUAACAAUGAUUGAUUUAAUUUCGAAAAAUCCUAGAGAUUAUCCUCCAACAUAUUGCCAAUUUUGGUUUAGAGAAAAAUUCGAACCAGUUAUAGUGCCCGUAGAGAAAACACAACUUAUAUGGAGAUACGAAUGGGUUCAUGAUUCUCAAUAUAGUUUCCCUUAUGUUCUUACAUGUACUCUGCCUAGAGAUUACGAUCAGUGGUUACCGAAAAGUGUGUCGUUGGUAGCAGCACCUUGUGAUAAUGCUACUAAUAUGUUAAGAGUGAUUUACAGUCCUUUAAAAGCUUCCGAAAAGAAAAAAGAAUUUGCUGUUUGCAUUAAGGGUUUAGAUUUUCCUUAUAUUGAUUUAUCUUAUCGUCUGGUGGAAUAUUUAGAAACUUUACGUCUAUUGGGAGCCGAAAAAGUAACCAUGUAUAAUCUGGAGGUACAUGAAAAUACUACAAAAGUUUUAAAUUAUUAUCAACGUACAGGAUUUGUAGAAUAUCGUCCAUUUAGUUUUAGUCUCAAAUAUUCCAAUUUUCCCGACUAUCGUCAUCGUCAAAUUAAAACUAAACUGGAUCCAUUUAUUUUGCAUGAAGGUAUAGCCUACAAUGAUUGUAUCUAUAGAAAUAUGUAUCAAUUCCAAUAUAUCGGUGUUUGGGAUAUAGAUGAAUUACCACUUCCUUUAAAAAACUACACCAAAUGGCACGAUCUAGUAAAAGUAGCCGAUGAUACAAAAAACUCUACGUGUAAGAGUUAUAGAAGUCUUUGUUUUUUAUGUGCUUAUUUUCCUAGUUACCAACGAGAACCUACUUUAACCGAAAGGUUUCCUGAUUAUUUCUAUAUGCUGCAGCAUGUCAGACGUGUUAAAGAACAUGCUCCUUUGGGAAAAGCAAUGAAAUGUUUCCAUAAUACUGAUUAUAUUAUAGCAACGCAUAAUCAUUUCGCUAUUCACUAUGCUGCCAACUGUAACGGUUAUACAUUUCGCACUACCGAUGCCCAAAUGAAUCACUAUCGUGAGCCACCAAAAAGAGAUGAUCGUUUAAAUCCAGUAUUAGAUAAUCGAUUGUGGCGCCAUGGAGAUGAAAUAGUAGAAAGAUCUUUGAAGAUAUAUGAAGAAUUGAAUUUCUUUGAAGAAGUAUGA